AAAUCAUUUUUUAAAAAUCAUUUUCAUUUCGAAUAUUUAAUUUAUAUUUCAAUUCAAUAAAAAAAUGUCUACCAUUCUUCAAGCAUCAAGAUUAUUAUCACGAAACAUAAGUUCGUCCAUGUUUAAAUUGCCGGUUCGAACACAUGUUAUUGAACAUAAUUCAUCUAUUUUACAAAAAUAUCAAAACACAUCGUUGAUCAAUAAAAGAUGGAAAUCUGAACAAGUUAAAGGUUAUGUUAUUGGUAUCGAUUUAGGAACAACAAAUUCCUGUGUUGCCGUUAUGGAAGGUAAAACGCCCAAGGUUAUUGAAAAUGCUGAAGGUUCAAGAACAACACCAUCGGUUGUUGCUUUUACAAAAGAUGGUGAAAGAUUGGUUGGUAUGCCUGCCAAACGACAAGCUGUCACUAAUGCGGCCAAUACAUUUUAUGCAACAAAACGUUUGAUCGGUAGACGUUUCGAUGAUGCUGAAGUACAAAAAGAUAUGAAAAUUGUUUCGUAUAAAAUUGUAAAAGCAUCGAAUGGUGAUGCUUGGGUUGAAGCACAUGGUAAAAUGUAUUCACCAUCACAAGUCGGUGCCUUUAUUUUGAUGAAAAUGAAAGAAACUGCUGAAGGUUAUCUUAAUCAACCUGUCAAGAAUGCUGUGAUUACUGUACCUGCUUAUUUUAAUGAUUCACAACGUCAAGCUACUAAAGAUGCUGGUCAAAUUGCCGGUUUAAAUGUUUUACGUGUAAUUAAUGAACCUACGGCUGCUGCUAUUGCUUAUGGAAUGGAUAAAAGUGAAGAUAAACUUGUGGCCGUAUAUGAUUUAGGUGGCGGUACAUUCGAUAUUUCUAUUCUUGAAAUACAAAAAGGUGUUUUUGAAGUCAAAUCUACUAAUGGUGAUACAUUCCUUGGUGGUGAAGAUUUUGAUAAUGCUUUGGUCAAUUAUUUGGCUUCUGAAUUUAAAAAAGAUCAAGGAAUAGAUGUUACCAAAGAUAUAAUGGCCAUGCAACGUCUUAAAGAAGCUGCUGAAAAAGCUAAAAUUGAAUUGUCAUCAUCAUUGCAGACUGAUAUCAAUCUUCCAUAUUUGACAAUGGAUGCUUCUGGUCCAAAACAUAUGAGUUUGAAAUUGACUCGAUCUAAAUUUGAAUCACUUGUAGCCGAUCUAAUUAAACGUACAAUCGAACCAUGCAAAAAAGCUAUCGCUGAUGCUGAAGUUAGUAAAUCCGAUAUUAAAGAAGUUAUUCUUGUUGGUGGUAUGUCUCGUAUGCCUAAAGUACAGGAAUUAGUACAAGAAACUUUUGGCCGAGCUCCGAGUAAAUCGGUUAAUCCUGAUGAAGCUGUAGCAGUUGGUGCAGCAGUACAAGGUGGUGUUCUUUCGGGUAAUGUUACCGAAAUUCUUUUGUUAGAUGUUACACCGUUGUCUUUGGGUAUCGAAACAUUGGGUGGUGUAAUGACUAAACUUAUCAAUCGAAACACAACAAUUCCGACGAAAAAAUCUCAAGUGUUUUCUACGGCUGCCGAUGGACAAACGCAAGUUGAAAUUAAAGUUUAUCAAGGUGAACGUGAAAUGGCUUCCAAUAAUAAAUUAUUGGGACAAUUUUCACUUGUAGGCAUUCCACCAGCACCUAGAGGUGUACCUCAAAUCGAAGUUACUUUUGAUAUUGAUGCCAAUGGUAUUGUAAAUGUAUCGGCACGUGAUAAAGGAACCGGAAAAGAACAUCAAAUUGUUAUUCAAUCUAGUGGUGGUUUGUCCAAAGAUGAUAUUGAAAAUAUGAUCAAAGCUGCAGAAAAAUUUGCCGAAGAAGAUCGUAAAAAACGUGAAAUUGUCGAAACAGUUAACCAGGCUGAAGGCAUUAUUCAUGAUACCGAAAGUAAAAUGGAAGAAUUUAAAGAUCAAUUACCAACAGAAGAAUAUGAAAAAUUGAAAGAAAAAAUUGCCAAAACUCGUGAAGUAUUGGCCAAUAAAGAUAAUGAAACACCGGAAAAAAUUAAAGAAACCUGUAAUGAUUUACAACAAUCAUCAUUGAAAUUAUUCGAAAUGGCUUAUAAAAAGAUGGCUGCUGAUCGUGAAUCAUCAUCGCAAUCGCAAUCAUCAUCAUCAUCGGAUUCGACGACAAAAGAAGAUGAUACAAAAGAUGAUACAAAAAAAGAAGAAAAGAACUAAAAAAAGAUGCCACUAUAUAAUUGAAAUAAUCAAUUUUUUUACAAACAAAAUAAUCACUUCUCCAUAUAUAACAUGUGUAGAUUUUUUUUCUUCUUUUUCUUUUCAUCCAGAUCAAGUCGUAGAAUUUCUUUUCUUUUUUUUGUAUUUGUUAUUAGGAUAAUAUAAUAUGUCUCA